AUGUCCGUUACAAAGUUUCCGAGGCUCACAACAAAAAUACGUUUAGCUGUCUUGUUGGCACUAAUAUGUUUCGUCCUAGCAUUGCAAUUGAGCGGACUGACUCGCAUUCGACAAAGGCUAGGUCUUUCUUACGAGUUCCCAUCAUCGCUUGGGCCGGCAUACCCACCAAUCGAGCGUAGAUUAGGGGAAGGCGUCAUACUAAAGAAUGUAUCUCACCUGCCUCGAAUUCAGUUUGAUUUUAGUCAAAUCAAAGAGUCACGGUUAGAGCGAGAGGACCGUGAACGAAGACGGAAAUCUGUUAAAGAUGGAUUCAUACACGCUUGGAACGGAUAUAAAAAAUGUGCUUGGGGUCACGAUGAGAUAAGGCCUGUGAGCUGUCAGCCCAAUGAUCCUUUUGCUGGAUGGGGAGCCACAUUAGUAGACUCAUUAGAUACAUUAUUUAUUAUGGGUUUGAAAGAUCAAUUCGAUGAAGCCGUAGAACACUUGAAAAAAGUUGAUUUCACUAAAGCUGACGACCCAAUUAGCUUGUUCGAGACUGUGAUACGUUAUCUCGGUGGAUUGCUAAGUGCAUACGAGUUGUCUGGAGAGCCUUUGUUGCUUCAAAAAGCCAUAUAUUUAGCAGAAGCGCUGACACCUGCAUUCUCUACUCCGUCUGGGAUACCAUUUAACAGAUGGCACAUGAACAAAGGAUAUGAGAAUAUAUGGUCUACUCGUUACGCGAUAUUGGCUGAGGCAGGGACUCUACAGCUUGAAUUCAUGAAAUUAGCCGAGAUUACGGGCAACAGCACUUACUUUCAUCUGGUUCAAAAAAUCAUUGAUACGCUGGAUCGAGCAGAGAAAAGAAUUCCUGGAUUAUAUCCACUCAGCAUAGAUACAGAAACAGGAACUUUCACUUCAGAAACAAUCAGUUUCGGUGCUUUGGGAGACAGUUUCUACGAAUAUCUUCUCAAACAGCAUCUGUACGUUGGGGGUGCCCUUGAUCAGUAUAGAAGAAUGUACAACGAAUCUGUCAAUGGUAUGAUCCAGUAUUUGGUCAAAGAGGGUCAUUAUGCCGGAAAACGCGAAUUAUUAUUUCUCGGCCAAUUGAGUUAUGAACAAUACAUUCGGAAGAUGGAACAUUUGACAUGUUUUGUUCCAGGCAUGGUAGCAAUGGGAGCAAAAAUAUUAAACCGACCAAGUGAUCUUGAGAUUGCAGAAGGACUUGCCGAGUCAUGUUAUUGGGCAUAUAACUCAACAAUGUCUGGUAUAGGCCCAGAGGACUUUCGUUUUGACAUCGCUGGUCAGCCUGAAACAAUGCCACCUGAGGCGAACGGUGUGUAUAAAUUAAGACCAGAAACAAUCGAGAGUUUGUUCAUUUUGUACCGAAUAACUGGCGACAAAAUAUACCAAGACAAAGGUUGGGCGAUAUGGCAGGCCAUUCAGAAGCAUUGUAAGACGGAAUGGGCUUAUUCUGGACUUCGUAACGUCAUGGUCGAAGAUACCGUUCAAAAUGAUAACAUGGAAAGCUUCUUUCUUGCAGAGACGUUGAAAUAUCUAUAUCUCUUGUUCAGCCCACCAAAUGUAAUAUCUCUUGAUACUUAUGUAUUAAAUACUGAAGCUCACCCCUUACUACGUCUGUAUCAUACACAACCACACGCUGCUUAA